CUCAGCCAGGGCGGGGAGCUCCCGGCUAUAAAACCCCGCACGGGCAGCGCUCAGCGGCAGCUGCUGGCACACGGCCUGCUGCGCUCCCUGGGGACGCUUGGACACCGCUCACCUGCCUCCCUCACCACGCCUGGAAUGAAAAGGCCAAAGGGAUGCAUUUUCCAGUACUUUUACUGCACUAAAAAGAAGCAACAAAGAGGAUUCCUCUUUGUUACCAGCACAAGGGAAAGAGGUGAACGGAGAGAUGAGCAACCCAGGGAGAAACAGGGAUUUGGGAACGUGUAGUGCAGCAGAGAGAGGGAUCAGAGGCUGAGCUGGGGCUUCUGCAUCCCUUUGUUUAACAGGAAAACCUGCACGGAGCAGACCAGCAAAGAGGGGACCUGCAACCACGCAGCACAGGGUGACAACCAGCGCAAGAGGUGACAACCUGUGCCCGUGGUGGGGGACUGCUGCAGAAGCCACAUCCAGCCCCUGCGGCCACAGGAGCUGGUGCAGCAGGGCUCGGGGGGAGAGCGCAGCCCCCAGGGAUGCAGGGAGGGGUUAAAGGGCUGCCAGAGCCGAGCGUCUGAGCGUUCACCCAUCACAGUCACAGCUCCUCCUGCGGGGAUGGAGCUGGGCUGGGGCUGGAACAGCUCCCAUCGUGGCCAGGCUGGGCACAGCAAGGGGGUGCAGAGCCCCCAGACCCUGGUGGGGGACACCAACGUGACCCUGCUGCACAGCCGGGACGAGGAGCUGGCCAAGGCAGAGGUCGGGGUGCUGGCCACCAUCCUGGUGGUGGCAACCGUGGGCAACGCGGGGGUGCUGCUGGCCCUGUACCGGCUGAGGAGGAAGAUGAGCCGCAUGCACCUCUUCGUCCUGCACCUGGGGCUGAGCGACCUGGGCGUCGCGCUCUUCCAGGUGCUGCCGCAGAUGAUCUGGGAGGUGACAUACCGCUUCCUGGGGCCAGACCCUCUCUGCAGGGCCGUCAAGUACCUGCAGGUGCUGAGCAUGUUCGCCUCCACCUACAUGCUCCUCGCCAUGACCCUGGACCGCUACGUGGCCGUGUGCCACCCGCUGCGCACCCUGCAGCAGCCCAGCCGCCGGGCUUAUGCCAUGAUCGGGGCCACGUGGCUGCUCAGCUCCCUGCUCAGCCUGCCCCAGGUCUUCAUCUUCUCCCUGCGCGAGGUCCGGCAGGGCUCGGGGGUGCUGGACUGCUGGGCGGACUUCAGGUACCCGUGGGGCGCCCGAGCCUACAUCACCUGGACCACGCUGUGCAUCUUCAUCCUGCCCGUCGGCAUCCUCACCGUCUGCUACAGCCUCAUCUGCUACGAGAUCUGCAAGAACCUCAAGGGCAAGACCCAGAGCUGUGCCCCCAGCAUGGGGGGACCCACAGCAGCCCCCCCAGCUCCCUGCUCCUCCGAGAAGGGCGGGCAGUGCCCUGGUGGGCAGCCCUCGCGCGUCAGCAGCGUGCGCACCAUCUCGCGGGCCAAGAUCCGCACGGUGAAGAUGACUUUUGUCAUCGUGGUGGCCUACGUCGCCUGCUGGGCGCCCUUCUUCAGCAUGCAGAUGUGGUCGGUGUGGGACGAGGAUGCUCCCGAUGAUGAGUCCACCAACGUGCCCUUCACCAUCACCAUGCUGCUGGCCAGCCUCAGCAGCUGCUGCAACCCCUGGAUUUACAUGUUCUUCAGCGGGCACCUGCUGCGGGACGUGGGGCGCUGCCUCUCCUGCUGGUGCAGCCCCCAGCCACGCAGGCAGGUCUCCAACGGGAGCCUCUGCAGCAGGAAAACCACCGUCCUGAGCCCCAGCCAGCACGGCAGCCUCCCCCUGCGUGGGGGCAGCUCCAGGGACCUCGACCUGCCCGAGGAGGAGGCGGUGACCGAGUCGGGCACGCUCUAGGCUGUUGUUUUUGCUGGAAGCUGGGUGCUUAACCCUGGAAAGUAUCACUGGGUGUCUUGUCUUUGUGGGCUCGCUGCUGCAUGUGCUGCAUGCCGCGGGGGAUGGACAGAGCCCCAACAGCCCCAGAGCAGCCUUCACCUCCCUUGUGUGCCAUAAAGCCUCCUGCUGCCCAGCCCAGGCAUCCUGGGGAUGCUGAAUCAGCGUGGCUUUUAGGACAGACUUGAGCUCGAGGGGCUUGGCAGAUGCCAGAAAAGCAGCCUGAGCACAGCAGGAGGCAGUGCAGCUGCCUGGGAGCUCCCUGCCCAUCUCCCAUCCUCAGGGCUUUGCUGGGGGAGCAGCUGACACAGCUUCCCCACGCCCUGCAUGCGUCCCCAGGGCUGCAGCACACACAGCUGCUGC